UUCACUGUAACCCGCAACCUUUGUUUAUCUUGAAGGGAAAACACGACAAAGAAUUUUGCCAAUUUGAAGCUAACUUUUCAUUGUUAUAAACAGGAUAUUUAUUACUAAAUUAAAAUGCCUGCAGCCAGAGAAAGUCUUGAAAUAAAAUACUUCUAUCAUUUGGGCUUCUCUGGUAUGUUUGCACUCUCUCCAGUUUGUGCUAAUUACUACCAAAGACGACCGCUCUACGCUGGUAUUCACAGGCAUAUUCUUUUGGGCAUUCUAGGUUUCGCUGUUGGUCACUAUGUAACAAAAUACCUAGAUAAUAAAUGGGUUGAAAGAGAUGCUAUUAUCAGACAUUAUGUUGAACUCCAUCCCGAGGAUUUUAAAGUAGAGAGGAAGAAGUUUAAAGAAAUCUUCGAUGAAUGGUAUCCAAUUCGAUAAUCAAUAUCAUCCAACAUAGUUUGGCUUAGAAGAUUGGACGGAAUCUAAAACUAUAUUCUGUUUAAAUAGUUUCACACUCUAACAUUAAUUCUACUACUUUUGUAUUCUGGUUUAAAUAGUAGAGAAAUGAAGCAACCAAUCGCUAUUGUUGAUGUUCUUUGUAAAUAAAUAAAGUAUUUGAGAUAAAAGUA